AUGGGAGCAGCACGUAUUAAACAUCGCUUCAGUGCUGUGGUGGAUGGGCCAGUGGAGGAGGAGGAGGUCAUGAGGCUAGCACAAAGUGCAAGGGCAGGAGAGAGUCCAACAGGGUCCAGAGGCCUAAACAGCUCCUCUCCAAUCCAUGCCCUAAAUGGCAAAGCUCUUCCUCUUCAGAGCAACACUAACAAUGCAUGGAACCAGAGCGCUAUUGAUGAGCCAGCUGGGAGAGAUGCUGGAGGAGAAGUUAGAGUGAGAGCAGGAGGAAUAUGCUCAGGUCCAAGGAAUACCAAAGGAGGUAGGGAAGGGGGGAGAGGGGAAGGAUGUUCUUCAUCAGACCAGGAUUCCCUGUCUUCCCCCUCCACUACCAGCCGGCAACGCAGCAGGCGCUCAAACCGCCGGCCCCGACAACGCUUUGUGGGCAAGGACGGACGCUGCAACGUCACCUUCGUCAACAUGAGUGAAAGGGGCCAGCGGUACCUCAGCGACCUUUUCACCACCUGUGUAGACAUACGCUGGCGCUGGAUGCUGGUCAUCUUCACGCUCUCCUUUAUUCUUUCCUGGCUUCUCUUUGGUUUUGCCUUCUGGCUCAUUGCCUCUGUGCAUGGAGACCUCUCCAUUCAACUUACCCCCAGUUCUGGUUUUUCUCCUGGAUCAGGAGAAUCUGGGUCUGGAGGAGAGUCUGAUAGAGACACUGGGGGAGAAGAGCCAUGCUUCCUCCAAGUAAAUAGCUUCAUGGCAGCCUUCCUGUUCUCCUUGGAGACGCAGACAUCCAUCGGUUACGGAUUCAGAAGCGUGACCGAAGAAUGUCCCCUGGCGGUGCUGGCGGUCGUUUUGCAGUGCAUCGUGGGCUGCAUUAUUGACGCCUUCAUCAUCGGGGCAGUCAUGGCCAAGAUUGCCAAGCCCAAGAAACGCAACGAGACUCUGGUGUUCUCUGACACUGCUGUGGUGGCCCUAAGAGAUGGAAAACUCUGCAUGAUGUGGAGGGUGGGAAAUCUACGGAAGAGCCACUUGGUUGAGGCGCAUGUGAGAGCACAACUACUGAAGCCAAGGAUGACACAAGAAGGGGAGUACCUGCCCCUUGACAACGCAGACAUCAACGUGGGUUUUGAUACUGGCACCGAUCGCAUCUUUUUGGUGUCUCCUGUGACAAUAGUGCACGAAAUCAAUGAAGAAUCACCUUUUUAUGAGAUAGACAAAAAAACCUUGAAGAGUGACUCUGAAUUGGAGGUGGUGGUCAUACUGGAGGGAAUGGUGGAGGCCACAUCGAUGACAACACAGUGCCGCAGCUCCUAUCUGGCUUCGGAAAUACUCUGGGGACACCGUUUUGAACCGGUGCUAUUUGAGAGGAAAAACGGCUACCAGGUUGACUAUUCGUUUUUCCAUCGGACCUAUGAAAUCCCAAACACGCCAUCAUGCAGUGCUAGAGAGCUGGCCGAGCAGAGGUACACUGGAAGCUCAAGCUUGUCUUUUUGUUAUGAGAAUGAAGUUGCCCUGGAGCUCACCUCCCUGGAUGAGGAACCAGAUCGAGAGCAGGAGCCUUUCUCCACACCGACCCGAAGACCAUCCUUUGAAGCGUAG